GAAAAAUUAAGAAAUCUUCAAUUUAUAUUCUCCGAGAGAUUCAUCGGGGGGUGCUGAGUAUUCACUUUAAUCGCCUUCGAAAUUUCCUCUUUUUGUGUUUUGUUUCCGCCCCGAAAUUGGGCGAGAUCUACUGAAGAAAUUUUCGUCGAUUCUUGAUUUUGUGUGAAGAUUUAGGGAUUUGGAUCGAUUUAUUACUUAUUCUUGAGAAAAAGUGACCGGUGCGUAAAUAUAUGUUUGGUUUCGGGUCUAACUGGAUCGAUUAAAGUUAAAAUAAUUAGAAACGAAAAAAAGGGGAACCCUAGGUCAGAUGGCAAACGAUGAAAUCAAAAUGGAGGAUGUUGAAGAAGGUGAGAUUUCGGAUUCGGCUUCAAUUGAGGAGAUCAGCGAGGAAGAUUUUAACAAGCAAGAGGUUACGAUUUUGAAGGAAUCGAAAUCGUCGAAAGGUGUCGGGGAUGCGAAUUCUAAUACGAGAGUUUGGACAAUGCAGGAUCUCUACAAAUACCCGUCUGUUUUACGAGGGUACUCAUCGGGUUUGUAUAAUCUUGCUUGGGCACAAGCGGUUCAGAAGAAACCUUUCAAUGAAAUUUUUGGAAAGGAGGGUGAACAACCACAGCAAGAUGAGAACAAUAACUCCAAGCGAUCGUCGCCGUCAUCUUCGGUGGCUUCUGUAAAUAGCAAAGAGGAGAAGGGCUCUAGUGGAAAUUCAACUGAUAGAGUUGUGAUUGAUGAUAGUGGGGAUGAGAUGGAUGAGGACAAGGUUGUCACUCUUGACAAAGAAGAAGGGGAGUUGGAAGAGGGGGAAAUUGAUUUGGAUUCGGAGCCCUUGAAAGAAAGGGGUUUGAGCAGUGAGGACGGUAAUGCUGGUAACUCGGAUGAGUUGAAGAAGCGAGCUAACCUGAUUCGGGGAGUACUGGAAGGGAUUACUGUGAUUGAAGCAAAGAAAUCCUUCGGGGGUGUUUGUUCCAUAUUGCAGAAUGCUUUGGAGAGCUUACCAGGAUUGGUAUUUGAAUCUAGUCUUCCCUCGAAAGAUACACUUAUUGAACUGGCGUUUGGAGCAGUUAAUUCAGCUUUCGUUGCUCUGAAUGUCAAUGUAAACGAACAGAAUGUGUCCAUUAUAUCAAGGCUUCUUUCUGUUGUGAAAGGUUUUGAUCCUCCUCUGUUUCCCCCUGACAAGAUGAAAGAGAUAGAGGUCAUGCUGCUGUCUCUGCAUUCACCGGCUAGAGUAAUUGACACGGAGAAAGAGAUAAAGAUUGUGAAUAAUAAGGAUGCUGAUGCCUUAGCUGAAAAUGUUGGUCAUGAUUUGACCAUAACUAAUAAGUUGCCUUUAUCUGUUGAUUCCGAAUCUUAUAAUAGGCCAAAUAUGUCAAUGGAAACUUUAAAGCCUGGAGUACCUAAUUUUAGGAACAAAGGUCUUUCACUACCCCUUCUAGACCUUCACAAGGAUCAUGACGCAGACAGCCUUCCCUCGCCUACAAGAGAAACAACACCAUAUUUACCCAGUUUACCCAUACCCAGGCCAUUGACUAUUGGAGAUAGUAUUGUUAAAUCUGGACUUCUGAUGACCAAGGGUUCACAUGAUGCAGUAGCUAAUAAAUUGCACCCUUAUGAAACAGAUGCCCUCAAAGCCUUUUCCAGCUAUCAACAAAAAUUUGGUCGAGGUUCUUUCUUUUCAAGUGAUAGACUUCCUAGCCCAACCCCUUCUGAAGAUUCCGGUGAUGAGGGUGGUGAUAAUGGUGCGGAGGUUUCUAGUUCCUCCAGCAUUGGAAACUUUAAACCAAGUAUGCCUGUUCAGGGGCAUCCAAUUGUUUCCUCACCACCUUUUCUUGAUACUGCCAGUUCAACUUCUAGCAUGCAGGGACAGUUGACUUCCAGCAUGCAGGGACCGAUUUCAACUCAAAAUGCUACACUUGUGACUGUGAGUUCUGCAUCUAAUAUAGGGUUAAAGGCCUCAGCAAAAAGUAGAGACCCUAGACUUCGGUUUGCCAACUCCAAUGCAAGUGCUUUGGAUCUAAACCAACGGCCGUUGCAUAAUGCUUCUAAAGCAUUGCCUGUUGAUGGAAUUACGGAUUCAAGAAAGAAAAAGAGUGUAGAAGAACCCGUUUUAGAUGGUCCUGCACUCAAGAGACAAAAGAAUGAGUUGGUAAAUUUUGGGGUUGUUAGGGAUCAUGUUCAAGCUAUAUCUGGAAAUUGUGGUUGGUUAGGGGAUACUGAUAAUAAUGGGUCUCAGAUGACAAAUAGAAACCAAAACGUAGAGAGAUUGGAUUCCAAUUCCCGGAAAAUGGAAUAUGGAGUAUCUUGUUCAAGUACUUUAAGUGGAAAAACCAAUAUGACUGUCAACAAAAUUGAGCAAGUGCCACUGCCAGGCAUGAGUACCCCUUCUUUGCCUGCUUUGUUGAAAGAUAUUGCAGUAAAUCCGACGAUGCUGAUAAAUAUACUUAAGAUGGGACAACAACAGAGAUUAGCAUCUGAAACCCAGCAGAAAUCCCCCGAUCCUGUAAAAAGUACAUUGUAUCAGCCGAGCUCAAAUCCAGUUCUGGGAGUAGUUCCCCCAGGAAAUGUUAUUCCCUCACCCUCAGUUAACAUUGUGCCCUCAAGCUCAUCUGCUACUUUGUCAAAACCUGCAGGAAAUCUUCAGGUUCCUCCUCCUGAGGAGUCUGGCAAAAUUCGCAUGAAACCUCGUGACCCUCGUCGUGUUCUCCAUGGCAAUGUGCUUCAAAAGAGUGGUAGCGUGGGAUCUGAUCAAAUAAAAACAAAUGGGAUCUCCGCUACAUCAAGCGCCCAGGGAACCAAGGACAAUAUGAAUACCCAGAAGCAGCUUGAGAAUCAGACAGAAGCUAAGGCAAUGCACUCUCAGCUUGUUCCACCACCAGAUAUCACCCAGCAAUUUACCCAAAGUCUAAAAAAUAUUGCUGGUAUGAUGUCUGCUUCGCAACCAUUUACCAGUCUGCCAGUAGCAUCCCAGAAUAUAGUCUCCCAACCGAUACAAGUUAAGUCUGACAGCACGGAUAUGAUAUCAACAGUGUCUAAUUCUGAGGAUCGGCAGACUAGGACUGGUGCAGCAUCUGAUGGUGUAGCAAAUCCUCCUCCGCAGAAUAAAUGGGGAGACGUAGAACAUCUCUUUGAAAGGUAUGAUGACCGGCAAAAGGCAGCUAUCCAGAGAGAAAGGGUGAGGAGGUUAGAAGAACAAAAGAAAAUGUUUGCUGCACGCAAACUCUGUCUUGUCUUGGAUUUGGAUCAUACACUUCUCAAUUCUGCCAAAUUUAUUGAAGUAGACCCUGUGCAUGAAGAAAUCUUAAGAAAGAAAGAGGAACAAGAUCGUGAAAAACUGCAGAGACAUCUCUUCCGCUUUAAUCAUAUGGGGAUGUGGACCAAAUUGCGACCUGGGGUCUGGAAUUUCUUAGAGAAAGCUAGCAAAUUAUAUGAGCUGCAUCUGUACACAAUGGGCAACAAACUUUAUGCCACGGAGAUGGCAAAAGUGCUUGAUCCGAAAGGGGUUUUGUUUGCUGGGCGAGUUAUAUCUAGGGGUGAUGAUGGAGAUCCCUUUGAUGGAGAUGAGAGGGUUCCUCGAAGUAAGGAUCUUGAAGGGGUUCUGGGUAUGGAAUCGUCUGUGGUUAUCAUUGAUGACUCUGUGAGAGUCUGGCCUCAUAAUAAACUUAACUUAAUUGUUGUAGAGAGGUAUACUUAUUUUCCUUGUAGUAGACGCCAAUUUGGUCUUUUAGGUCCAUCUCUUCUUGAGAUUGACCAUGAUGAGCGCCCAGAAGAUGGGACAUUGGCUUCUUCUUUGGCGGUUAUUGAGAGAAUUCAUCAGAAUUUCUUUUCACAUGAGAAUUUAGAUGAUGUGGAUGUUAGGAAUAUCCUAGCAACAGAACAGAGGAAGAUUUUGUCUGGUUGUCGUAUAGUAUUCAGCAGGGUGUUUCCUGUAGGUGAAGCCAAUCCUCACCUACACCCAUUAUGGCAAACAGCAGAGCAAUUUGGAGCUGUUUGCACAAAUCAGAUAGAUGAGCAUGUUACACACGUGGUGGCCAACUCUCUCGGAACAGACAAGGUGAAUUGGGCUCUAUCUACUGGAAAAUUUGUUGUUCACCCUGGCUGGGUGGAAGCAUCAGCACUGCUGUAUCGGAGGGCAAAUGAGCAUGACUUUGCGAUUAAACCAUAAAUAAUCACCCCUAAUCAUUUUCAUAAAACUAAGACCCAAUAAAAUUGAGUCAAACAUGGGUAGAGAUGAAACCAUCAGGCAUUUUUUCGGGGUUGGUUGACGUUGGGACCGAGAGCACCACAAGAUUCGAUUUCAACGCAUUAUCCACUGUCAAAUGGUUGGCAAUUGCAGACUAGCCCUUUAAUUGCCAACCUGACGAAAGUAGUCACAUGACUCGGUUUGGUUUGAUAGAGUGCAUAGAAGUUUUUUUUUUGUGUGCCCUUAGAGAACCUUAAUGAUGGGUUUUUUAGGAUUUGAAAUGACGACCUGAUUGAGCAGGGGAGGGGGUGGUUUCAUUAAAGCUCAACACUUGCAGUACUAAUAAAACUGCCAAAUGCCUAAGUGUGAAAGAAUGAAAUACAACUAAUUGAAAAGAAAACCUCACCAACGGAAUAAAUGAGUGCUAAAAGGUAUAAAGAAAGCAGAGGUAUUUGAAAGAGGAAAAAAAGAUGCGAGAGAGAGCGUUGUUGGUAUGCACACGGGUCCGACUUGGGAAUUAGGGGAUGUUCUAUGUUUAAAUCACGAGGAACGUAACGAAUGGUGUUUGCAAUUGGUUUGUAAUUCAUUUCUCUAUUAUUUAUUAUAUUAUUUUUUGUGUGCUGGUUGUUGA